UGGCAACGCAACGAGGACAACCAUUCAAUAUUCAAAUCUUCAACGCCUGGCAUUGGCGUUGGCGAGCACGAGUUACCAUUAUGGUCGAAUUGAUGACGUAAUACGCUGUGGCUGCACGCCGACGGCGCGCGACUUCGAACACAACUCACAUAACCGUCGACUCGAUUACACUGCCUGCUCCUACCUACCUGCUGCCAACCUGUGCGACCCGCGGAUAUGUCAAUGAAGGCCUACCUCGCAGCCAAGUACAUGUCAGGCCCAAAGGCCGACGCGAUCCUCUCGCGCUCAUCCGCUAGCGCACCAAAGAAGAAGAAACGCAAGGCGGGGACGGCCGCCUCCUCGAAGGCCGGCAGCUCCGGUACGUCCUUCAUCAAGGACGACGACGUCCUCGGCUGGGACAACCAGCAGGAGGCCGAAGAGGAUGAUGUUGCUGAAGCGGUUGUGGCGGAGGACCGCGGGUUCAAGAAGCGGCAGCGGACGGACGAGGGCUCGGGCUGGGCGGCCGUCCGCGAGGGCGAGCACCGAGAAGAGUCGCCGCCCCUGGCCCCCGACGAGCAGCCGCAGGUCGUCGAAGAGGAGCCUGCGUUCAAGGGUGGCCUCCUCACGUCGGCGCAGCUCAAGGAGACGUUUCCACGCGAGAAGGCGGUCAAGUCAUUGAAAGAGAAGGAGGCGGAGGAGGCGGCGGCGGCGCAGGAGACGGUCUAUCGAGACUCGUCUGGUAGGAAGGUGGAUAUGGCUGCGGAGCGAGCUGAGGCGGCGCGAAGGAAACGCGAGCGCGAGGAACAGGAGGCGCGUAAGAUGGAGUGGGGCAAGGGCCUUGUGCAGAGGGAGGAUGAAGAUAAGCGUAGGAAGGAGGCGGAGGCCAUGCGCGCGCGUCCGUUCGCUAGGGACCGGAACGAUGUGGAGAUGAACGAUGGGCUGAAGGCUCAGGAGCGGUGGAAUGAUCCCGCGGCCGCUUUCUUGACCAAAAAGCGUGCAAAAGGUCCACGUAAACCCGAAUACACUGGUCCGCCUCCGCCUCCAAAUCGUUUCGGUAUCAAACCUGGAUACAGAUGGGACGGUGUCGAUCGCGGGAACGGAUUUGAGAAGAAGCUGUUCCAACGGCAGAAUGAGAAACAAAGACGGGGACUCGAGAGCUACCAGUGGAGUGUGGAUGAUAUGUGAUACCACUAUCUCAUGUCUAUGACAGUGCCUCACUGUCUCGGAUUGUUGGCUGCACUUCCAUUCACAGCUGUCCGAAUGUUAUUGGAUUACUGGUGGGCCCUUAUGCGGCAACAGCAGCCACAUUCAUGAAGUACUUGGCUACUUUUGUUCUCCCUGCAUUGA